GAAUUGCACACAAGUAAGAAAUCUUCUCAUGUGUGCUGUUUGUGUGUGCAGGCAGAGUUGUAAGGAAAAUUGAAAUGAAAAUAUGAAAACGUGCCAAAAAAUCCAAGCAGAAGUAGUUUAUGCGCGAAAGUAUGUUUCUAUCGGUACCAAGGACAAUAGUGCAUGUGCUCCAGUGAGUGCAUAAUAAUGGCAAAUGUGGGAAAAUUAGUGAAAUUCUCACACAAUCUUUCUCAUCAUUGAAUACCGUCGAAGGCGGAGGAACACACUAUUUUGUGCGACACCCAAAAAGAAUUUUUAUAUCACAUAGAGAGAUAUUUCCUGUUGGAAAAUCCACCCACUGAAUACACCCAAUUUUCACCCGAAUCACAUCAGACAUGGAAUCGAAUGCUGUUCAGCAAUUUAUUGAUGCCGUGAGUAGUCGCAAAGCGGUUUCACCGGCUACAGCAAUAAAAUUUCUUCUGGCUCGCAAAUUUGACGUGCCACGAGCUGUUGCUCUCUAUGAGCAACAUGAAUUAAUCCGUCAAAAGGAGGGCCUCUAUAGCUUUGAUCCAAUGUGCGAUCCACUGAGGAGUGAACUGGAAACGGGGAAAUUCACCAUUUUGCCCCAGAGGGAUGCAACAGGUGCAGCAAUCGCCCUUUUCACUGCUAGUCUUCACUGCCCAAUGACAGUAACACAUAAAACCACCCUCCAAGGUGUUGUAUAUCAACUUGAUGUAGCUCUCCAGAAUCCGGAAACUCAGAAAGCCGGUCUUGUGUUCAUUUACGACAUGAGUGGAUCAAAAUAUUCAAAUUUUGACUAUGAUCUAUCACAGAAAAUUCUGACAUUAUUGAAAGGUGGCUACCCAGCUCGGCUGAAAAAAGUGCUAAUUGUAACGGCUCCACUGUGGUUCAAAGCACCCUUCAAGAUUUUGCGGCUAUUUGUGCGUGAGAAGCUACGAGAGCGUGUAUUCACGGUGUCCAUACCACAACUGAGCCUCCAUAUCCCACGUGAAUCCCUUCCAACACGCCUUGGUGGCACGUUGAGCAUUGAUCAUUCCACAUGGUUGUUGCACUGCUUCAAGACAUCGAUGACGAAUCGUGAGGACGAACUCCUGGCAAACAACAUUGAACAGACUCCAGUUGGUGGUCAGCAGCAGACACCACAGCAAAAUAAUUCCACAUCGGACCUCACAACAAUCACAACCACUACAUGCGGUCAGAGCCCCAAUCAAAAUGAGCCCCAGGGGCUCGUAAGUGACGGUGCCCAAGGUCAAAUAAGUGAACUCUGGUCCGAAAAUCCACCAAGUAGCGCCUCGUCGGGCUUCAGCGAUGACGACAGUUUAGCUGGUACCGAGGGUGACGCCAAGACGAUAGAACAAAUUGUACAAAUGGUGCGAGAGCGCGGACGGCAGGGACUCGUACAGGAGUACAUGGACAUUCGUUCUCGUGCUCCCGAGGGUACCUUCACGAAUGCCCGGCUGAGGAACAAUCUGGCCAAGAAUCGUUACACAGAUGUUCUCUGUUACGAUCAUAGUCGGGUGGUGUUGUCGCAGGAUGAUGAAGAUCCGUCAUCGGAUUAUAUAAAUGCCAACUUUGUGGAUGGAUAUCGGCAAAAGAAUGCCUACAUCUCGACACAGGGUCCACUCCCAAAGACGGCCAGUGAUUUCUGGCGAAUGGUGUGGGAGCAACACUGUCUUGUGAUUGUGAUGACGACACGCGUAAUGGAGCGUGGACGUAUUAAGUGUGGACAAUACUGGGACAUUGCUGAAGGAAAUGCCAAUGAAUUUGGACUAUAUAGGAUUCGAACAGUAUCUGUAGAAACAAAGGAGGAUUACACAGUAGCAUCUCUAGAGCUUACCAAUACAAAGACUGAUGAAACGAGAAACGUAUCACAUUGGCAAUUUACUAGUUGGCCAGACUAUGGUGUUCCAGCGUCCGCUAUGGCGAUGCUCAAUUUCCUGCAGUGCGUCCGAGAGCAGCAAGCAAAGAUGGUGAAAGCGCUAGGAGAUACAUGGGCCGGACAUCCUCGUGGACCACCGAUCGUCGUUCACUGCAGUGCCGGUAUUGGGCGCACUGGCACUUUUAUAACUCUGGACAUUUGCAUAUCGCGACUCGAGGACCUCGGUACGGCAGACAUUCGGGGAACAGUGGAGAAGAUUCGUUCUCAGCGAGCAUAUUCAAUUCAGAUGCCAGAUCAGUAUGUUUUCUGUCAUUUGGCACUGAUAGAGUAUGCUCUAUCCCGAGGUAUGCUACAGUCGGCCGACCUGGCGGGUUUUGAUGAUCGCGAAGAGGAGUCUGAGUAGAGUGAAAAUUGUUCAGGAUGAAAAUUGUUGUUUUUAUACUUUUUAAGAGAAGUGAAAGUUUAAGCAUUCUCAAUACAAUCACACAAUCAUUUCUUAUCCCUCCUUUUUCUUAUGAACAUCGAAACAAAAGUACCCUUUCACUCAUUCUCAGUUUGAGAUAGUUGUUAGUAAAUCCUCUAGAUCAGAUUCUAUUUGAGAAUAUUUCUUGACUCACAAUCUAUUUUCUAUAUUUCUCCAUUGUAAGAGAAGAAAUAAACAUAUUAUAUGUAUUUAUUCAUUAUUACCACUCAUUACUCAGUCUCCGGACCAAGAUAGGAAGAAAAAUAAAUGAAAAUAUAUAGUGCAAGAUAGAAAGAAAUUAAUCAAUUUUCCUUAUGUAUUGGAACAAAUUUGAUACACUGAAAAUGUUUACGAGAUAUUUUUUGUUAUAGAUACUAAUUUUAAUUUUAGAAUUUCACAUUUCUUGAGCUUUCCUAAGAGUAAAAACAAAAAAAACGUAUUUAGACAUUUUUUUCUUUACUAUGGACGGACAUAAAAGAGUUACCAAGACGAAAUACCACCCUUUUACUGUAAUUGAAAAUACUUUGUUGGCUUCUUUCGUGGCAGGAAAUAUUUUAUUGUGGGAUUUUUAAUUUGCGACAAAAAUCUUGUAUAUUUUUCCGAGUUAAAUUAAACAUUUCUACCUGACAAAACCGUCCUAUAAAAGAAUUAUCCCAAAAGUUUUGUCAAUGUCCUGCAACGAAUAUUCUAUAUCAGCAUUAUUUCUAAACAUCCCAAGAAAAAAGUCCAUUGAUGAAAUUACUGUAGAGCACAAAAGCGUUGAAAAGAAGUAGAUGAAUAAAUAAGAAAUUUACAACUUCAUUUAAAGAAAAAAAAAGAAAAAGAAUAAUCGCAUAGAAACCGUCUUUAGGAGCGCUAGAAAAAUAAAUUAACAAAUUGUAAUUUUUAUAGUGAAAAUUUUUACGAUGAAAAACAAAUAAAUUUCUCUUUGGACACUAAUGUAUUUUCUGGAAGAAUAAAAAACGACAGAAUAGUAAUUCAACAAAAGUUAUUUCAUGUAUAUAUAAUAAAGGAUAAUUAAAAAUGCAAAAUAUUCCAGAAUUUUAUGUGAAAGAUGAAACAACAACAAAAAAAAUAUUGCAUCAAGUGUAUCAAGUUGUCACUAAAAUUAAACUCUAAAACAGAAAUAAAAUCACAAUUAAAUCAUGAAGAAGAAAAAAAGAACAUGAGACGUGAACAAACUAUUAUAAAUGUAAGCGCAAAAAUAGAAAACAUUUUUAGUAAUAUUAGGAUAAUAAGGAAUAUUAAAUGAUGAAAAAUUAUGAAUACACAGUGUAAUUUAAGUGGUUUGUAAUAACAAGAUGAAAAAUAAUAAAAUAUUGAAUUAUUUAUUACUCUAAAUCAAAUAUUACAAAAAAUAGCAUUAAAAUGAAAGGUAAAUUAAAUUUACAUUCAUGCCUAAAAACCGAUUAACUCCUUUUUUUUUUUAGAUUAGAGAGUGAAAAAGGUAAUACAGACGCAAGAAAAUUUUAAAAAGAAAAUCCACCAAUAUCUGCAUAAUCUUAGCAAGACUUUGCAAAACCGUUAUCAUGAGAGAUUCUUCUCCUUUUUUGUACAUUUUAAUAUAUAGGUAGGUAUACAAUCUUUUUAUCAUCACUAUGUUAAAUGGGAUCAUCUUGUGAUAAAGUCAUCAGAAUCUGUUGUCUCAAAAUUAUAUGAAGAAUAAUAUGACUUGUAGCAUUCUUCGACAAUUUUGUUCAAAAACUUUAAAACUAAUGAUAAACCAAACAUUAAAGUAAAAAUUCACAAUAUAUUGAAUUAGGUUAUUCUAUUAUUUCUGUAACAAAAAAAACAAGAAGAUUGUAUCCAAUCAAAAAUUUAAUACCUACAUUUUAAAAGAAUGUCUCAGAUAUUAAAGUAAAUAAAUGUAAUUCUCCAUAGUGUUGUAAACGGAUUCAAGAAAUAUAAUAAUUAAUGCAAAAA